AAGAAGAACACGCCAUCUUUUUCGAAGCUCAUAUCUUACCCGUUUAGAAGUUUAAAAUCCACAGCCAUCUUCCUCUGAGAGAGGAAUUAGCGGCUAUGGAGAACUACACAUACGGGGUGAACGUAGCGAACAGGUAUUUACUGUUCAUAGAUGAAGAUAAGGAUCCUCUCGAGAUCCUCAAAGAACAAGAGGAGGCGAACAAGCUAAAGCCCAAGAAGGAUGAGAAAAAGACGUCAAAGGGGAAGAGUUCAUCAUCGGAGCCAGACAAAUCCUCAAAAUCUGCCAAAGCCAAAGGAAUAAAGAACGUUGCUACGACCACGAUAGACUCUGAGAAUAAGCCGGCAAAGUCAAGACAGACUGAUGCGUCUACGAACAAGGACAAAGAUAACCGACCUCGUGCACCAAGACAGGACCGUGGCGUGAAGUUUGGUGGCAGUCAGAUUGACAAUCUGUCUGCAGAAGAGAGGCGAAACCGGCGGAACCGUGACGACCGAGAUGUUAAAGGCGACCAGGAGAGAUCAUUCCCGCAAACUGGAGAGUUUAGUGUAUCCGGCAGUGAGCGACAGCAUCCUGAUGGUGGCGGCAGGGGGGCACCGAGGGGACGAGGAGGGUUUCGGGGACGCGGAAGCAGAGGACGAGGGCGGGGUGGUUUUGGCUACGAGAACCGAGGAAAGCGUGAGUUCGACCGUCAGAGCGGCAGCGACAAAACCAGUGGCGUGAAGUCAAUUGACAAGCGUGAAGGCGGCGGGUCGCACAACUGGGGCAGCACUAAGGACGAGAUCGAUGAACAGAUCAGCGCCGUGGAACAGGACACACAGGAGUGGAGGCAGCAGCAGACUGAGGAGGCUGCUGGACACCCGGAAGGCGAUGAGUCAAAGGAAACCGUUGAGGGCGAUGAGUCACAACUAGAGCCUGCUGAACCGGAAGUGAAGGAGUUGACCCUGGAUGAGUGGAAGGCUCUGCAGGAGCAGCAGCGCUUCAGGACAGAGUAUAACCUGCGCAAACCCGGUGAGGGAGAAGACAAUGCACAAUGGAAGAAGACCUUCAUGCUGAAGAGGCCAGAGAAGACUGAAGAGGAAAGCGACGAGGAGGAAGAAGAGGACGCACAUCACGGCCGCGCAAAGCAAAAGGUGAACAUCGACAUAACCUUUAACGAUCCCAUCCGUCGUGGCGGACGCGGCGGUGGUGGCCGCGGCGGACCGCGCGGAGGUAGUCGCGGGUUUGGCCGUGGCCGCGGCGCUCGCCCUGAUAGAGGUGGCGCUGCCGCCGGCGGCGGCGGCGGUGGCGGCGGCGGCGGAGGGGGUGUUGGCAUUGGCAUGGGCGCUUCCGGCGGUCCUCCCGCUCGCGGUGGCCGCACUCCAGAGAAGCCGGCCUAUAAGGUUGAUGAUGAGAGCGACUUCCCGUCCCUGGGCAAGUAAGCAAAAGGAAUGUUCCCCCCGGUUGGGUAGUCGAUGGACCAACUGCUUGGUCUUCAUUGAGGUGUUGGAGCUACAUGCAUACCUCGCAACGGAAUGUGCUUUUUAUUUACACAUACUUCCAGGCAUGUUGCUCUGUAAAAUAAAGCCCAGCUUUUGUUAAUCGUAGUCCCAAUAUUAUAGGUUUCCCAUAAUCAUGACUUUAUUACCGUGUAUUAAACUUACUACGAUGAUACAAGUUUUCUGCUGGAUGGAGUAUUUUUGCAAGUUAUGCCAAACGGAAUGCAAAGAACUGUGACAUGUCAGUUAGAAGCAUGUGAAGCUGUUGGAGGAACUGAAUGUAUUUUAAACAGUUAUAGGAGUAUUUAAAAGUUUAAGUAUCAUUAGACAUUACACUGUAAACUGACAAUUUUACAGUAUAUUAAUUUAUAGAGCACUGAAUUGCACGUGCUUUUGGACGUUUAACGACUAUGGUGUGUAGUGUUUAAACAUUAAUGCUUUCGAAAUGGGUCACACUUAGAUCUACAGUUUUCUACAUUGUAGUCCCCAUGUUAGGUUGGAUUGUCGUUCCAGUGGGUAAGGUGCCCAUAUAUGCAUCAUUGAACCCUGUUAUCUUCAUGUAAGUCAUAAAUGUGUAACCACGACAACAUGUAAGGACACCGUGUACUGGGAGGUAACCAGAUGCAUUUAAUCUGGUGUGUAUGUAUUUCUGUUCUAUGUGUAGAAGUUGAACUGUUCAAAUAUCACAGUUCGGUCUAUUCUUCUGUGCUAAGUGGUAGCACAAAGGAACAGUUUUUUUCGGCAGAACUGUACUAAGUGUCCUGCCAUUUGUUUGAAAGGUAAAUAUUUUUUGGGAUGCUCCAAUUUCGAGCAACUGUCGUUUUGCCGAAAUUAACAUAUAUUGCACAAAAUUUGUGCAAGGGAUGCUGGUAAUAUUGCAGAGUGAGUUGAGAGACGUUCAGGGCAACCUCAGCCGUCAUGGGUCUGAAGUGCAGUGAGGUAUAGCAGCUUCUAUUACUCAGUGUGUGUAGUGUUUUAGUGUCUUUAUUAGUUAAAUGUAGAUAUCUCCUUAGCUAUCCUGUUGGUUCAACUAGAAAGCAGAGCAAAAAGAGGUUCAUAGCAGUACCACAGAUAGCCUGCAAUAUUCAGCAAUCGUUCGAUCAUUGUAGGGUCAUGCACUUUGUCAUUUGGAGUGGUAUACUGUAAUACAGAACAACAAUCUUGUGAUAUUUGGUGGACAUUUCAUACAUGCCUGAUGCAUUCGUUUGAGAAUAUGCUUUUGAUUGUUUAAGUUGUAAUAGCAACAUUGGCCAUGGCGAUGUGUAGGUUCAGAAUGGGUAAUAUCGUCAUAGCAACAAGUAUGUCCUACAAGCAGCAUGAAUCCGAAGGUAUGUGACAAAUAAAUAAAAGCCUCGUUUGAUGUUAA